GCUCUGAGCCUAGAGACAUACCGUCAAAACAAGAACCAGCUGGCAUUUCUCUCUGCCUCCCUACUUAUGUAAUAUAAUAUGUCAUGCCAGCGGACCGUGUCCUCUUUCUCCCGAAACGUGUCUCUUCUCCGCUGAAAGCGUAACAACAGCCGCCCUUGUCCUUGCACAGACGGGGAUGUCAACACCGCAAGAUGGUCCGCAUAGCGAGCGUCCUGGGUUUGAUGAUGUUCAGUGUCGCUCUGCUCAUACUCUCAUUGAUCAGCUACGUGUAUAAAAAAGAUUUUCUCUUCAUGACACCCAAAUAUUCAAAUUCAGGUGGGCCUCGGAUGUAUAUGUUCCAUGCGGGAUUUCGGUCUCAGCUGGCCAUGAAGUACCUGGACCCUGCCUUCACCCCUCUGACCAAGGCCCUGAACGAGGGCCUGCAGGAGAACGCCUCCAAAUGGCGCUAUAACAGAACGGCAUUCACAGAACAGAGAAAAGAGAUCUCUCAGCACAUCGACAUCGCCCACAACUUCACCCUGACCCGGAGCAGCGUGCGCGUGGGUCAGCUGAUGCACUAUGACUACUCCAGCCACAAGUACGUGUUCUCUAUCGGAGAGAACUUCAAGUCCCUGCUUCCCGAGGCCUCCCCCAUCGUCAACAAGCACUACAAUGUGUGCGCCGUGGUGGGGAACAGCGGCAUUCUCACAGGGAGUCGUUGUGGUCCCGAGAUCGAGAACUUUGACUUCGUCUUCCGCUGCAACUUCGCUCCCACUGAGAUCUUCCGCCGGGGUGGGCGGAGGACCAACCUCACGACCUUUAACCCCAGCAUCCUGGAGAAGUACUACAACAACCUGCUGACCAUCCAGGACAGGAACAACUUCUUCCUGAGUCUGAAGAGGCUGGACAGGGCCAUCCUCUGGAUCCCUGCCUUCUUCUUCCAUACCUCGGCCACGGUGACCAGGACACUGGUCGACUUCUUUGUUGAGCACAGAGGACAGCUGAAGGUUCAGCUUGCCUGGCCUGGCAACAUCAUGCAGUACGUCAACAGAUACUGGAAGACCAAGCAGCUGUCACCGAAGCGUCUGAGCACAGGGAUCCUCAUGUACACUCUGGCCUCGUCCAUGUGUGAGGAGAUCCACCUGUACGGCUUCUGGCCCUUUGGCUGGGACCCCAACACGGGCAAGGAGCUGCCCUAUCACUAUUACGACAAGAAGGGUACCAAGUUCACCACCAAGUGGCAGGAGUCCCACCAGCUGCCAGCAGAGUUCAAACUGCUCUAUCGGAUGCACACAGAGGGACUUAUCAAACUAACGCUCUCACAUUGUGCCUAAACCUGACUGGACUGGACCGAACCAGACAGGACCGGACCGAGCUGACUGGACUGGACCGAACCAGACUGGACUGGACCGACCUGACUGGACUGGACCGAUCCAGAGUGGACCGGACCGACCUGACUGGACUGGACCAACCUGACUGGACUGGACCGAACCAGAGUGGACCAGACCGACCUGACUGGACUGGACCGAACCAGACUGGACCGGACCGACCUGACUGGACCGGACCGACCUGACUGGACUGGACCGAACCAGAGUGGACCGGACCGACCUGACUGGACCGGACCGACCUGACUGGACCGAACCGACCUGACUGGACUGGACCGAACCAGACCGAACCACACCGACCUGGACCGAACCAGACCGGACCAGACUAGCAUGGACUAGAUCAGACUAAAAGUGAUCUGAUUGUAAACUGGUUUUCUGGUUAUGAAGGUGCUAUUUAACCAGAUUACAACCAACUGGUCUCUGUUACUGUACAACCAAGUGGAAAGGUAACGUCUGUUUCAUGACAACAUCAAUAAAUAUUUUGGGUUGUUGUCUCGUUAGAUAGACUUAUUUUCUGCUUGAUUAGAAAAAGGGGUUCCAAAAGGGUUCUUCGGCUGUCCCAGUAGGAGAACCCUUUUUGGUUCCAGGUACCUGGGUUCUACCUGCAACCAAAAAAAGGGUUCUUUAGUAAGUAUUUCACGGUAAGGUCUACAACCUGUUCUAUUUAGUGCAUGUAGACAAAUAAAGUUUGAUUUGAGUUUUCCUAUGGCGACUGCUGAAGGAACCCUUUGGUUCUAGAUAACACUUUUUUUCUUUUUUCGAAGUGUACAACCUGACCAUGAUGUCAUAAAAUAUGUCAUUGUGAUGUCAUUGCAAACAAUUUUGCCCGCUGCGAUGAGUGCGUGAGAGCAAUAGGCACUCUAGCCCCUGUGCUAUCUGAUCCAAGAUGGCUGCCCAAAAUGGCAUCCCAUGCUGCCAUGUUGCUGCCUGCUAGUGCUACGCUUUGAUACAGAUUAACUACAGCAGAUAAACUACAGCAGAUAAACUACAAGACAGCAAUAUCAGCCUAUAUCUUUAUAACCUGAGCUCAUCAUUCUUUAUCAGAGCUAUGGUUAACUUAUGGCACAAUAGAAACAGCAGAAAUAGAAACUGCAGAAAUUCCUGUAUUUAUAUUAUACAUGUGCAGGGGCCAGUUAUAUUGUGAUUAUUCUGUUUUUUAUUAUUCUGGAUAUCUAUCCUGAAAUAGAACUACACAGAUAUCUAUCCUGAAAUAGAACUACACAGAUAUCUAUCCUGAAAUAGAACUACACAGAUAUCUAUCCUGAAAUAGAACUACACAGAUAUCUAUCCUGAAAUAGAACUACACAGAUAUCUAUCCUGAAAUAGAACUACACAGAUAUCUAUCCUGAAAUAGAACUACACAGAUAUCUAUCCUGAAAUAGAACUACACAGAUAUCUAUCCUGAAAUAGAACCACACAGAUAUCUAUCCUGAAAUAGAACUACACAGAUAUCUAUCCUGAAAUAGAAUUUCCAUUCAAGUCAACGGGUCUGUGAUGGGAUUCAUGUCUGUAUCCAUGGUCUUCUGUUUUCAGAUGGAUUGGAAGUGGGGUCUUCUGAAUGGUGUAGGGUGAGACAGUAAUGCUACAACUGGAGGAUACUGUGGACUCUUCAAUCAAAUUAUUAUAUACAAAUGAGACUAACUUAAUUGUUGUUGAACAAACACAACUAUUUUUGUAAUCUAAACUCAUUUCAAAUAGCUAUUUUUUCUCCUGGUCUUACUGAGUUUCUGUAGCUUUUGUUUGUCCUUGUUGAAAGUUACUUGCUCCUUAUCUGUGGAUUAAUUACAUGAAUAAUCAGAUAUUGUAUGUAUAUUGAUAUACUGUACAUAUCUAUGAUACUUGUUUAUUUCAAUAUGUGAACUUGAAAUAAUGACAUAGAAAUGCAUUUUAUUGGAGGAUAUCGGGGCAGGUUGGUUAUUCUUGUGUAUGUUGUUUCAUCGAUGACAAUGAUGAUGAUAAUUUUUUUUUAUCAUGUUACCAUUUUUAAUUAUGACGUAAUUUACUCUUUGACUUGCUUACAGAUUCUGACAGCUGUGUAAUAAUGUUAUUAAUAUUUUCUGUUAAUUAAUUGUAUCUUUAUUUAACCAGGCAAGUCAGUUAAGAACAAAUUCUUAUUUUCAAUGACGGCCUAGGAACAGUGUGGUUAACUGCCUGUUCAAAAUAAAUAUAUAUCCCAUUUAGCAGACGCUUUUGUCCAAAGCGACUUACAAGUCGGCUGGGGCCACUACUUUUACAUAUGGGUGGCCCCAGUGGGAAUCGAACCCACGACGCUUGGCGUUGCAAGCGCCAUGCUCUACCGACUGAGCCACACAGGGGCAACCUUCUGGUUACUAGUCCAACGCUCUAACCACUAGGCUUCCCUGCCGCCUCUACACUCUAACCACUAGGCUUCCCUGCCGCCUCUACACUCUAACCACUAGGCUACCCUGCCGCCUCUACACUCUAACCACUAGGCUACCCUGCCGCCUCUACACUCUAACCACUAGGCUACCCUGCCGCCUCUACACUCUA